AUAUUUUGUUCAAGCUUAUUUUGUUGUUUCUUGUUAUAAAAGUAGUAGCUUUAAAGUUCUUCAUUUGUGUUGAGUCUUCUUAUAUGCUCUUAGUUUGAGGUGCUGCCAAUAAAUUCCUUGAAAUAGUAAUGCAGCAUUGUUCAUUCUUGUGAAGAAUUAAGACAGAUAAAUCAAAUUAAAAGAGAGUAAUUUAAAAAAAAUGGAGGGAAGAUAUUGGGUUUUAAUGGGAGUAAUGGCAAUGGUGAUUGUUACAAGUAGAGGCAGUGAUGAAGAAGGUGGUGAAGUAACGUAUGAUGGAAGGUCUCUCAUUGUUGGUGGGCAGAGGAAGCUCCUCUUCUCCGGUUCCAUUCAUUAUCCUCGAAGCACCCCCGAGAUGUGGCCAUCGUUAAUAGCCAAGGCCAAAGACGGUGGACUGGAUGUAAUUCAAACUUAUGUGUUUUGGAGCGUCCAUGAACCCCGACCAGGUCAGUAUGAUUUCACUGGGAGGUAUGAUUUAGUAAAGUUCAUCAAGGAAGUUCAAGCACAAGGGUUGUAUGUCUGCCUCAGGAUCGGUCCUUACAUCGAAAGUGAAUGGAGUUAUGGGGGUUUUCCAUUUUGGCUGCAUGACAUCCCUGGCAUUACAUAUAGAACAGACAACGGACCGUUCAAAUUCUAUAUGCAAAAUUUUACUACAAAACUAGUAAACCUCAUGAAAUCAGAGGAGUUAUAUGCUUCACAAGGAGGCCCUAUAAUAUUGUCACAGAUUGAAAAUGAAUAUCAAAACGUUGAAGCAGCUUUUGGGAAAAAAGGGCAUUCUUAUGUACGCUGGGCUGCUGGUAUGGCCGUUGGGCUUCAGACUGGUGUUCCUUGGGUGAUGUGUAAGCAAAAUGAUGCUCCUGAUCCUGUGAUUAAUACGUGCAAUGGGAUGAAAUGCGGGGAAACUUUUGCUGGACCUAACUCCCCAAAUAAACCAUCAAUGUGGACGGAAAACUGGACAUCUUUCUUCCAAGUCUUUGGUGGGAAGCCAUACAUAAGGUCUGCGGAAGAGAUUGCAUUUCACGUCUCACUUUUUCUUGCAAAAAAUAAUGGAUGUUACGUGAAUUACUACAUGUAUCACGGAGGAACAAAUUUUGGAAGAACAGGCACUUCUUAUGUUACCACCAGUUACUAUGAUGAAGCACCCCUUGAUGAAUAUGGUCUUAUAAGGCAACCUAAAUGGGGCCACCUUCGGGAGCUUCAUAUGGUGAUAAAAGCUUGCUCAAAAACCUUGCUUGAGGGAAAGAAGUCCUAUCUUUCCUUGGGUCAACUACAGGCGGCUUAUGUUUUCCAAGAAGAGAGUGGAGGUUGUGCUGCCUUUUUUAUAAACAAUGACACAAGAAAUAGCGCAAAUGUUGUGUUUCAGAACAGAUCAUAUCAACUUCCUCCGAAGUCAAUUAGCAUCCUUCCAGAUUGUGUGAAUAUAACUUUUAACACAGCAACGAUAACAACUGAAAGUGGAAAGAGAAAUGCAAGAUCAGAACUAGCUAUCAGCUCAGCUACUAAAUGGGAGUUAUUAAAUGAGGUGAUACCGAACUUCUCUGACACUUCUUUGAAGGCAGGUGCUUUACUAGAACAAAUGAAUGUAACAAAAGAUGAAUCUGAUUAUCUCUGGUACACUCUAAGUUUUGAAGCUAAUCCUUCUUGUAGUGAACCAGUACUUCAUCUUCGGUCUUUUGCACAUGUUGCUUAUGCUUUUGUGAAUGGCGCAUAUGCUGGAGGUGCACAUGGAAGUCGUGGUGUCAAGAAUUUCUCACUUGAAACCCCUAUUAAGUUGGAUAAUGGACUGAACAAUAUUUCUGUGCUAAGUGUGAUGGUGGGAUUACCGGAUUCGGGAGCAUAUCUUGAAAGGAAGUUUUCUGGACUGCGUGAAGUGGCUGUAAGAUGCAACGGAGAUGAUUCCUACGAUUUAGCAGUGAAUUAUACGUGGGGAUACAAGGUUGGAUUAUUGGGAGAAGAUUCACAAAUUUAUAAAGAACAGAACCUUGGCAAAGUGGUUUGGGGUGGACUUGAACCUUCUACUGCAAAGCCUCUCACUUGGUAUAAGACCACAUUUGAUGCACCUGACGGAGAAGAUCCAGUGGCCUUAGACUUAAGCAGUAUGGGAAAAGGCGAAGCCUGGAUCAAUGGACAAAGUAUUGGUCGUUAUUGGGCGUCCUUGCUUACCCCUGACGGAAAACCUUCUCAAACAAUGUACCACAUUCCCCGAUCCUUUCUGAAACCGUCAGAAAAUCUUCUGGUUCUGUUUGAGGGAGUUGGUGGAAAUCCUCUUCAAGUUUCUGUCAACACCAUAUCCUGGACUACUAGAAUUUUUGCACUUUCUGUAGAAAUUUCUUACAAAGAAAACAUGGGGUUUAGUUUAAUUUCAAUACAUUGCUUGGUUUUGGCAUUGUUUCUGCAAUUAACAGUUGGGUAUGGUAGUAAUGUUUCAUAUGAUAGUCGUUCUUUCAUAAUUGAUGGACAAAGGAAGCUUCUUAUUUCUACUGCUAUUCACUACCCUCGUAGUGUCCCUGCUAUGUGGCCAGGUUUAAUUCAGCUGGCAAAGGAAGGUGGUGCCAAUGUCAUUGAAUCAUAUGUAUUUUGGAACGGCCACGAAUUGUCUCCUGACAAUUACUAUUUUGAGGGGCGGUAUGAUCUAGUUAAGUUUGUGAAGACGGUGCAGCAGGCUGGGAUGUAUAUGAUGCUUCGUAUUGGACCCUUUGUUGCAGCAGAGUGGAAUUUUGGAGGGGUUCCUGUUUGGCUGCACUAUGUACCUGGAACUGUAUUUAGGACUGACAAUGAGCAAUGGAAGUAUUACAUGAAGAAGUUCACGACAUACAUAGUGGACCUGAUGAAGAAGGAGAAGCUUUUUGCAUCACAAGGAGGUCCGAUCAUCAUGGCUCAGGUAGAAAAUGAAUAUGGUUAUUAUGAACAAUCAUAUGGAGAUGGAGGGAAGAAAUAUGCCUUGUGGGCUGCUAAUAUGGCCCUUUCUCAGAACAUAGGUGUGCCUUGGAUAAUGUGCCAGCAGUGGGAUACACCUGAUCCUGUGAUAAAUACUUGUAAUGGAUUCUACUGUGACGACUUUACUCCAAGUUCUUCUAAAAGUCCGAAGAUUUGGACUGAGAACUGGCCUGGAUGGUUCAAAACAUUUGGCGACGUGGAUCCUCACAGACCUGUCGAAGAUGUUGCUUAUGCUGUUGCUCGUUUUUUUCAGAAGGGUGGCAGUGUACACAACUAUUACAUGUAUCAUGGCGGAACAAAUUUUGGUCGCACUGCUGGUGGACCAUUUAUUACAACAAGUUAUGAUUAUGAUGCACCAAUUGAUGAAUAUGGUUUACCAAGGCUUCCUAAGUGGGGACAUCUCAAGGAACUUCAUGGAGCAUUGAAGUUGUGUGAGAAUGCACUGAUUACUGGAGAGAGGACUAAUGUUUCUCUUGGUCCUCAACAAGAGGCCAAUGUAUUUACAGACUCAUCUGGAGUUUGUGCAGCCUUCCUUGCCAAUAUGGACAACAAAACUGAUACAGUUGUGAAAUUCAGAAACAAGACAUACCAUCUGCCAGCAUGGUCAGUUAGCAUCUUGCCAGACUGCAAAAAUGUAGUGUAUAACACUGCCAAGGUUGGAUCCCAGGCUUCUGUGGUUGAUAUGGUGCCUGAGAAUCUCAGGCCAUCAGUGGUGCCACCUAGCAAAGACUUGAAAGCUCUUCAAUGGAAAGUGUUUGUUGAAAAACCUGGAAUAUGGGCAACACCUGAAUUCAAUAUGACAGGUUUUGUUGAUCAUAUAAAUACAACAAAAGAUUCUACUGACUACCUCUGGAUCACAACAAGCCUGUAUGUUGACAGUGAUGAGAAGUUCUUGAAAGACAGAAGCAGUCCAGUACUAUCUGUAAAAUCAAAGGGCCAUGCUCUUCAUGUUUUUGUGAAUCAAAAACUUCAAGGUAGUGGAUUUGGGAAUGGAUCGGUCUUUUCCUUUGAAUCUGUGAUUCCCAUAUCUUUAAAGGCUGGAAAGAAUGAAAUUGCUCUUCUUAGCAUGACUGUCGGCUUGCAAACUGCAGGGCCACAGUACGAAUGGAUAGGAGCAGGCCUAACAAGUGUUGAAAUCAAAGGACUUAACAAAGGAGCUGUGAAUCUAACUAAAUUUAAUUGGACCUACAAGAUUGGAUUACUGGGAGAGCAAUUGAAUCUGUAUAAAGGUGAAGGUUUGAAAAGUACAAACUGGGUGUCGACCACUGAACCACCUAAGACUAAACCGCUUACAUGGUACAAGGCUUUGGUGGACCCACCCUCUGGGAAUGAGCCUGUAGGACUGGAUAUGAUACAUAUGGGGAAGGGCUUAGCUUGGUUGAAUGGAGAGGAAAUAGGAAGAUAUUGGCCUCGAAAAAGUCCCAAGCAUCAUGAUUGUGUUGAUCAUUGUGACUACCGUGGAAAAUUUUUACCCAACAAGUGCAGCACGGGAUGUGGAGAACCGACCCAGAGAUGGUAUCAUGUUCCACGGUCUUGGUUUAAGCCAUCAGGCAAUGUAUUGGUUAUCUUUGAAGAAAUUGGUGGAGAUCCAACUGAGAUUAGGUUCUCCAAGAGGAAAGCCACAGGUGUUUGCAGUUUCGUUUCUGAAGAUCAUCCUUCUGUCUCUGUUGAAUCCUGGACCACUGCUGUGAAAGACACCAACGAUAAAAAGGCAACUGCGCAGCUAAGCUGCCCUAGUAAUACUCGCAUAUCUGCUAUUAAGUUCGCCAGUUUUGGGAACCCUUCGGGAGCUUGUGGGUCGUACAUCCAGGGAGACUGCCAUGAUCCCAAUUCUGCAUCUGUGCUGGAAAAGGUUUGCUUAAAUAGAAGGGACUGCAGCGUUGAGUUGAGCAAAGAUAAUUUCGAUUUAGGUCAUUGUCCGGGAACAAUUAGAAGGCUUGCUGUUGAAGCAGUUUGCAGUUGAUAGGCAGUUAUAUUGAUAAUUGUAUUAGCUACUUCCUAGUUUUAUUCAGUUAGGGAACACCCUCGUUAUGAGUGUUGAGUCAUAUACAUCAUACCAAAAAAAAAUAUGGCCGGUUUUUCA